AAGCCUGUGGUCACACGCCACUGUGCCAAAUGGGCUGUCACGUGCAGUUUGGAGUAAAACCAGUGGAUUUGUAAGGUUUACUUUUGGCACUCGGAAACAUUCUCGCGCACCGAGCUGGAUCAGAAGGAUGGAUUCUGAUACGAGCCGCGUUUCCAGCAGACCCUCUUCUCCCGAGGUCGACGACAUCUUCCUGUCCACCCUGAAGAAAUCCGUCCACGGCUUCUCUGGUGCAGUGUCCUCCACGCAGAGCGACUCUCCGUCUGAGACGCACAGUCUGCGCGGACUCUCCGUGGUGGACGGAGACUCUCUGGCCCUGCGCUUGGCCAAGAAGGACCGCAAACUAAUGUCGGAGAACGAGGUGCAGGCGAUCCGCCUCAAGAUCAACAGCCGCGAGCGGAAAAGAAUGCACGACCUGAACGUAGCCAUGGACGGACUGCGGGAAGUCAUGCCUUACGCACACGGACCCUCCGUGCGUAAACUCUCCAAAAUCGCCACCCUGCUCCUGGCCAGAAACUACAUCCUGAUGCUGAGUAACUCUCUGGAGGAGAUGAAGCGGCUGGUCAGUGAAAUAUACGGCACCAGCGGACACCACGGCGGCUUUCAUCCGUCAGCCUGUGGGACUAUGGCACACGCUGGCCCGGUGCCGGGUCAUCCUGUGGCUUCGCACUCCUCACACCCGGCGGUCCAUCACCCGCUGCUCCCGCCGGCCGCCGUCUCCACCGCCUCCUUGUCCGCUCCCAGUAUCUCUGCUGUCACUUCUGUCAGACCUCACCACGGACUCCUCAAAGCUCCCACUGCGGGCGCGGCGCCCCUGGCCAGCAGUUUCCAGCACUGGGGCGUCGGCACCGGGAUGCCGUGUCCGUGCAGCAUGUGCCAGGUCCCACCGCCGCACGUGUCCAGCAUGAGCAGCGUCACGAUGCCACGGUUGUCCAGUGACUCCAAGUGACUCCGAACUCGCUGAGAACCAACGUUUUCUGGUUCUCUCAGACUUCUACUCAUUAUGCGUCUUUAUUUAUCUAUGUGGUUGGACUGAAGACCAGUGCUUUGGUUUCCUCACUGGAACUUUGAGGUUAUUCAACUAACUUAGUGUUUUCUGGUUAUUAACCUCGGCCGUUGAUGCCGACAAACUUCUGUCUUCUUCGCUUAUUUAAAGUUCAUAUUUCCUCCACGAGGUGCUUCUCCUCCUUAAGGUCCCAAACUUGAAUCAGUCCACAGCUAUAGUGUAAAUAUGUAGAUGGAUGAAUCUGUUAAAAAUAGUGGAUAAGAUAAUAUUAUAUAUUAGAGUGAUGUUAAAGUGGUGGGACAAAGACUCUUCUCGCUCCUUCCAUGUUGCACCUGCUUUAUUCUAAUUCAAUGUCUUUUCUCCUUAUUUUCUGCCCAGGGGGUUGCCAGUCACUGCCCACCCAAUGGCCACUGCUUUUUU